GCAAGGGCGCACUCCAGUCAUCAGCCAAGGGAACCUACGCGUGGUGUUCGGGUAUCAUCAUCGUCAGUACAAUAGUCACUUUGAACAACGCAGCACUUGCCACAAAGAACUAAAAAUGGCAGAGGAUAUUGCGACUAAGCUCCAGAACUACCGCACUGCUCCCUUCGAUGCCAGAUUCCCCAAUCAAAAUCAGACAAGGAACUGCUUCUACAACUAUCUGGAUUAUCAUCGCUGCCAAAAAUCCCUGGACGCCAAAGGAGUCGACACUGCCCCGUGUGACUGGUAUAAGAGGGUCUACAAAUCACUGUGCCCCAUUUCCUGGAUCCAGAAAUGGGACGACCAGAGGGAGCAGGGGACCUUCCCAGGGAAAAUUUGAAUGGCAUCUCCAAAGAAGUGUACUUCAUGGCAAUAUGUUUGUAUGAGUAGGACUCCAGGUCGGUCGUCCACUACUCCUCUGGAAUGUGAGCAGAGUAUAACUGAAUACCGUAGUCAUUCCUUAUCAAAGAGAAUAAUUGUGUUGCAGAUUCUGCAUUAAAGUGUCUUGGGCGAUAUUUAUCAAA